AUUAACUGGGCAGCCCUGCAGCAGCUACAGAUUCAUGAAGUGUUGGUGAAACUGUCUUAAUUAUUAUCGAAAAGAAGAAGAAAAAGAUACACCUGUGUGUUAAAACUGCAACAUGUCUGAAUAUGAGACAUUUCAACAUGGCAAGCCUCGUUUCGACCAGAACACAUUUUCUGGGCGGUUCAGGCACUUCCUGGAUGUGAUCGACCCCAGCACACUCUUCGUUUCAGAGAAACGUCUGCAGGAGUCUGUGGAGCUGCUCGACCGUUUUAAACAAGGAACUCUGCCUCCAGGAGUUACUGAUGCUCAGCUUUGGCAAGCUCAAAAAAUAAAGCAGGCCAUCAUCCACCCUGACACGGGGGAGAAGAUCCUCAUGCCCUUUCGGAUGUCAGGUUUUAUCCCAUUUGGCACACCAGUGGUUGUUGGCCUCCUUCUUCCAAAUCAAACGUUAGUGUCCACGAUCUUCUGGCAGGGGUUAAACCAGAGUCACAAUGCCUGUGUGAACUACUCCAACCGCAACGCCUCCAAGCCGGCUCCAGCCUCUAAAUUCUUCCAGGGAUACCUCGGAGCGGUGACCAGCGCAGUCUCCAUCGCUGUGGGGUUGAACGUGUUGAUCCAGAAAUCGAGCCGCUUCAGCCCGACCACCAGGCUGCUGGUGCAGAGGUUCAUCCCCUUCCCAGCAGUGGCCACUGCAAACGUCUGUAACGUGGUUCUCAUGAGGCACUCGGAGCUGUCGGAGGGCAUCAGUGUGCUCGACGACAACGGGAACGUGGUGGGAACCUCAAAAGUGGCUGCCAAACACGCACUUUUAGAAACAGCUCUGACCAGAGUGGUCAUGCCGAUGCCAAUUCUGAUGCUGCCUCCCAUCAUCAUGGCUGCACUGGAGAAGCUUCCUCUCCUGCAGAGGCGCCGGCGGCUCGUCCUCCCUGUCCACAGCCUGGUGUGCCUCGCCGCCUUCGGCCUCGCUCUGCCUCUCGCCAUCAGCCUCUUCCCACAGAUGUCCCAGAUCAGCGUCAAUCAGCUAGAGCCAGAGAUCGCCAUGGCAACAGAUUGUAAGAUUGUGACAUACAAUAAAGGCCUGUGAGUGAUCUGCUCUGCCAAACAUCUAAAUAUAGGAAUAAAGUAAGAAGACUGAAUUAUGCAAAAAACUUGGCUGCGUUAUCCUGUGAAAAGUAGGCAUAUGUUUACAGAAAGGAUACACGUUGUUUUUGCCAAGACAAUAUAUAAUAAAUAACACAUAUCAACACCUUUUAGGAAUUACUAUCCCUGUUAAGACAUGCACACCGACCAACAAAAUAACAAAAUAUAUUUAUGGAGUAACUCGAAUAGCAACUAUCAAAAACUAUUUUCUUUUAGCUUGCAUGGUUUCUUCUUACCUGUAAAAGACAAUACAUUUUGAGGUUAACUUAGAAAAAACUUAGUAGAAUAAUUAGUGGAUUAGAUAGUGAUGGACCAAAUACUCAAAGUAAAGUAGUAAGUGAAUUCCUGCAUGAUGAGAAUCUGAAUCAUCAUAUUGUCAAGUCCCUCUGAAGUGCAGGAGUAAAGUACCUCCAAAUUGUACAUCAUUUGAGUAAAUGUACUACUGUACUCCAGUCCGAGCCGACCAUGUGUUCUGGAUUGUAAAUGUAAAUACUGUAAAUGAAAUCAGGAAAAAUGACUGAAAUGCAUUUCCUUUUAAAUAGUUUUUUGUUCUUGUUUAUAAUGAAACGACCGACCUUCUCUUGCUUUUUAUAUAAAGCUAACGCGAGUCUUACGACCUGGUGUCAGAGGUUGCAUGUCUAGAGGGAAAAUCUAAAAUAUUGCACAAGAAAAAAGCUAAUUGUAAAGUCCAAAAUAUGAACUUCAUUUUGUUUUUCUGAUUUCUUUACCUGGGCAAUCAUUUUGCAACCCAGCACAUUCUUCUCGCGACCCCUUGUAGGGGUGCUGACCCCUAUGUUGCGAAACUCCUAUUUAAUGGUUUCAGCCAACUGGAAAAGUUGCUCUGCCUGAUUUUGGUAUAGUGCGUCUACAUCUAAAAACCUUUCUUGUAAACUCGAACUGUGAACUGCAAUACAUUUUAAAACAAAUGUAUAUCUCAUGGAAAUCAUCCAAUGACAAUGUGAUUUUUUUUCACCACAAAAGCCUGUAUUGAAAACAUUGUAAUGUAGUUAAAUGAUGAAUGUAGUUUUUUAAUAAAACAAGUUAAUACUUUA